AUGACGUUUGCUAGGAUGAUUACUCCUCCACUCCUCUUUAGAAAACACCAUAAGAUCUGUUUCCACAUAGAGCUACCGUACAUCCCUCCACCCUCUACCUCAACCCUCUACCUCCACCCUCUAUCUCCACCCUCUACCUCCACCCUCUACUUCCACCCUCUACCUCCACCCUCUACUUCCACCCUCUACCUCCACCCUCUACUUCCACCCUCUACCUCCACCCUCUACCUCCACCUUCUACCUCCAGUCUCCACCCUCAACGUCCACCCUCUACUUCCACCCUCAACCUCCACCUCCACCCUCUACUUCCGGUUUCCACCCUCAACUUCCACCUCCACCCUCUACCUCCACCCUCUACCUCUACCUCUACCUCCCCCUCUACCUCCCCCUCUACCUCCACCCUCUACCUCUACCUCUACCUCCCCCUCUACCUCCACCCUCUACCUCCACCCUCUACUUCCACCCUCUACCUCCACCCUCUACUUCCACCCUCUACCUCCACCCUCUACCUCCACACUCUACCUCCACCCUCUACCUCCACACUCUACCUCCACCUUCUACCUCCAGUCUCCACCCUCUACCUCCACCCUCAACUUCCACCUUAACUUUCACCGUCAACCUUCACCCUCUACUUCCACCCUCAACUUCCACCUCGACUCUCUACCUCGACCCUCUACCUCCAUCCUCAACUUCCACCUCCACCCUCUACCUCCACCCUAUACCUCCACCCUCUACAUCCACCCUCUCCCACAAACCUUAUAUUAA